GACUGCAUCCACCUUCCAGCUCCAUUGCCAAUUGACAGCUGGGUUGGCUCUGUGUUUGCCUGUCGUCCGCUCGAGCUUAUCAAUUAAAUUCCACAGCCUCUAGCUAGCGGUGGCUUGCUAGUUCGGAUACUGGCCCUCCGGUCCGGUCCCCAUCCUGGAGAAGGCCUGCUCUAGUGCCCACCACCUCCACAACUCAUUACCACCACGAUCUCCAUUCUUUUUUAAUGCCAGGGUCGCCUGAGCCGCGCCUGCGACGCAGCAGAUUUCCCCGGCCUGCCUCUUCCACAGCCGUCCGGCCUCUGCAAAUUCGUCUUCGACAGUGCGGCCUUGCGCCACUAUAAUCAUGUCGGCUGCUUCUGCUCCCCUCCAGACCCUCGCCCGCCAGAGCGCGCGGCCGCUGCGAUCCCGACUCGCUAGGAGGACAUGCGCCGCUUCCUACUCGACGGCCUCCGCUCGGAGAACUCAGCCCUCGAGGGCUGCUAUCGUGACAGCAUCUGUCCCCGCGCGGGCUGCAGUGCGUGGCAUCAGCACCACCCCGGCCAGACGCCUCGCCAGCGUCGACGACAGUUUCGACCCAAAGACCAUCGACCGGGAGAGCGACGAGGUUGACGUCUGCAUUGUCGGCGGAGGUCCCGCUGGUUUGAGUGCGGCCAUCCGCCUCAAGCAGCUCGCCAAUGAGUCUGGCAACGAGGACUUCCGGGUCCUCCUCCUCGAAAAGGCCGGCGAGGUCGGCGCGCACAUCCUCUCUGGCGCCGUGAUACAGCCAACCUCGGUCGAAGAGUUGUUCCCCGACUGGCUCGACGAGAACAAUGAGAACCGCUUCGAGCACGCCACCCCCGCGGGUACUGACAAGAUGAGGUUCCUGACCCAGUCCAUGUCCAUCCCGCUGCCGGCACCUCCCCAGAUGCACAAUCACGGCAACUACAUUGUCAGCCUGAACCAGUUCACAAAGUGGCUGGGCGAGCGCGCAGAGGAGCUCGGUGUCGAGGUCUAUCCGGGAUUCGCCGCGUCCGAGAUCCUGUACAAGCCCGAUGGCUCCGUCAAGGGCGUCGCCACAAACGAUCUCGGCAUCAGCAGAGAGGGCAAGCCGAAGGACAGCUUUGAGCGUGGCAUGGAGUUCCAUGCCCGCGUGACCUUGUUCGGCGAGGGAUGUCACGGCAGCUUGACCAAGCAGGUGAUCAAGAAGUUUGAUUUGAGGAGCAACAGCCAGCAUCAGACAUAUGGCCUGGGUAUCAAGGAGGUCUGGGAGGUCCCGCCAGAGAACUUCCGGAAGGGCGACAUCGUCCAUUCGAUGGGCUACCCUCUGCCCUCGGACACCUAUGGCGGCGCAUGGAUGUAUCACUUUGGCGACAACCUUGUGAGCAUCGGCCUGGUAACGGCUCUCGACUACCCCAACCCGUGGCUGUCGCCGUAUGGCGAGUUUCAGAAGCUCAAGCAGCACCCGGAGUACAAGAAGGUGCUCGAGGGCGGCAAGUGUAUCUCGUACGGAGCCCGCGCUCUCGUGGAGGGUGGCUUCCAGUCAAUACCAAAGGUGGCGUUCCCCGGCGGUGCGCUCAUUGGCGACUCGGCGGGCUUUGUCAACUUGCCCAAGAUCAAAGGUACACACAAUGCCAUGAAGUCGGGCAUGCUGGUGGCGGAGGCGGCGUGGGACGCCCUGGCCGAGGAGGACCAAGGAUCCGUCUUCCUAUAUGACUACGAGGACAAGCUGCGCAAGUCAAGCAUUUGGAAGGAGCUGAAGGAGGUGCGCAACAUGCGGCCCUCGUUCCACAACCCUCUCGGCCUGUAUGGCGGCAUCAUGUACUCUGGCCUCGAGGCCUUCAUCUUCAAGGGCCGCGUGCCAUGGACGCUCAAGCACAAGACCACCGACCACGGCGCCACCAAGUCGGCCGACGCGUGCAAGAAGAUUGAGUAUCCAAAACCCGACGGCAAGAUCACGUUUGAUAUCCUUACGAGCGUGUCGCGCACGGGCACAAACCACGAGGAGGACCAGCCUGUGCACCUGCAGGUCAAGGACUGGGAAAAGCACACGCAGGAGACUUGGCCCAAGUUCAAGGGCGUCGAGAACCGGUUCUGCCCUGCUGGCGUGUACGAGUAUGUCGAGGACGAGUCAAAGCCGCUCGGCGUGCGGUUCCAGAUCAACGCGCAGAACUGUAUCCACUGCAAGACCUGCGACAUCAAGGCUCCUCACCAGGACAUCAACUGGGCGGUGCCUCAAGGUGGCGAGGGUCCCAAGUAUUAUAUGACUUGAAGAAAGUGGAAAAAAAGGGUGAUAGCUUUGGAGAAGGUAACAGCUCGUUACGGGACGGAACGGACACGGCAAAAGUCCAACAGUAUAUAUGUAUGCAAUACACAAGGCUGAUGUUAUAACGCUGAAACUCU